GGACAGACAUUGGACGAGAAAAUUGGACAGACACUCUCCGGGCUGCCCAAUGUCGGCACAGACGAGGAUGAGGUGGGUGAUAUAAUGGGGGACGAAGAAGACAACAACAGCCUGUGUGGUCGGCCAGACAAGAUGGCAGAUGUCGAGCUUGUGGGAGAGGGAGUGCCAGAGUCCAACCUGUCCAGCUGGAGGUCCAUCGAGGAGAUAUCAGAGGCAGGGGGAGGAGAGGACGGGAGCUCCCAAUUCCCAGAGGAUGAUGUCAGCAACCUGCAGAGUCACCCGGAAAACAAGGAGGAGCAGGAAAACAACAACAUUGACUCAGUGUUCCUAUCCUCUGGAAUGCCAACCUGUGUGACUCUGAAUGCCCUGUCAGAGGAGGUGAGACACCAGAGCCAGAGUGUGAGUCUGAGGGCGUCUCUCUCAAACAUACCACUCACAGAGGUGAGAUCACAGGCUGCUGCAGCCUCUGAUAGGCCUACAACAUCAACUGACAGCUCAACACACCAAUCAGACAUAAGACAGCCUUCCUUGUCCAUGGAAAGCCCUGGGCGUGUCUCACCACCAGAAGGUAAACCACAGACUGUCCCAGACCAGAGCCCUGGUUCAGUAGAGGCAGCCAUUUCCAGACCCAACAGUAACACAGAUAUUAACCCAMRAGUCAAACAGGCAGACCCUGCUCUGUCUCUGCUGGGUGGAGCAUUUGGAUCCUUCAGCCAUAAAAUCAGACCAAGCAACUCCAAGUCAGGCAGACUGUCCCAAGAAACUUCCCGAUCACUGAGGAAAGACACAGUAGAGAAUGUCCAAGUCUCCCAAGAAAUUUCCCCAUCAGUGGGCAAAGACACAGUAGAGAAGGUCCAAGUUUCCAAAGAAUUUCCCCCAUCAGUGAGCAAAGACACAGUAGAGAAGGUCCAAGUCUCCCAAGAAUCUUCCUUAUCAGUGGGCAAUGACACAGUAGAGAAAGUCCAAGUUUCCCAAAAUGUUUUCCUAUCAGUGGGCAAAGACACAGUAGAGAAGGUCCAAGUUUUUCACGAAACUUCCCCAUCAAUGAGCAAAGACACAGUAGAGAAGGUCCAAGUUUCCAAAGAAUCUUCCCUGUCAGUGGGCAAAGACACAGUAGAGAAAGUCCAAGUUUCCCAAGAAACUUCCCCAUCAGUGGGCAAAUACACAGUAGAGAAGGUUCAAGUUUCCCAGGAAAUUUCCCCAUCAUUGGGCAAAGACACAGUAGAGAAGGUCCAAGUGUCCCAAGAAACUUCCCCAUCAGAGGGCAAAGACACCGUAGAUGAGUUCCAAGUUUCCCAAGAAACUUCCCCAUCAGUGAGCAACGACACAGUAGAGAAGGUACAAGUUUCCCAAGAAACUUCCCCAUCAGUGAGCAAAGACACAGUAGAGAAGGUGCAAGUUUUCCAAGAAUCUUCCCUAUCAGUGAGCAAAGACACGAUAGAAAGUGUGAAAAAACUCUGUUCCCAGCCUCAGCCAGAGGAGACAGAGCCACAGACGGUGAGCCAAAAAGAGGGUGGUGGCUGUCAGAAGACUGACAGGCACAUUGACCAACCAAAGACGAGUGGGGCCUUAGAAGGACAGGAYAGCAGUGUUUGUAUCUCAGGGGAAAGAGAUGUGGAGGAGAGAGCAGAGGAAAGAUUCUCUCCAACAGAGAGUGUUCCAGAACCUGCACAGCGUCAGACACCCGAGGGAGAGCUGAGCACAGAGAAAGCCAUCACUCCUCCUCAGCCAGGGAGGAGAGGGAAGCAGAGCAGAGACAGACCCAGUCAGCUGCGCAGACAAUCUCCGUCAGGCUCUGGGUCUACUGAUCACCCACAGGAACCAGCUCUCACUGCCAAGACCCUAGAAGACAUCUCCCCACCAGGGAAGCAAAAGAAUAAGAACAUGAGGGGACAAAAAUCUUCUGCAGAUACCAGACAGAGGACACCUGUGAAGGGCAAACCUGAGGCAGAGUCCGAGAGGAGAGGGGAAAACAGAAACGUCUCCAGAUCCCCGACUCCCCCUAGUCCUACCAACCUCUGCCCUAUCGCUCCCGCUCUCCUAGUCAACCAGGAAGUGAACAUGGAAGUGCACCAGGAAAUGCUUGACAACAGGCCGCUGCCUGGCUGCCAGACAGAAAGCAGGAAGGACAUCAACGAUAACAAUGUGGGGAGUGGCCAAGCCUCCUCUACAGAACAGGAAUAAUUCUUCUUCUCCUCCACCUCUUCCUCCUCCUCUCCUCCCCCUCUCUCCCCUCUCCUCUCUCCUCCUCUC